GCAAAACUUGUUGCUGCUUCUCCGGGCUCUGGGCGAGAGGCAGACACAGAAAGGGGAGCCGAGACCCUCGGAACGCCCCACGCAGAGCCCCCCCGCCAGCCAGAAGAGGGGUGCGAGGACCCCCCAGAGCUGCCCCCGCCCCCUCCCAUUCCGGGUUCUGAGAGCGCAGCCGGAUCGCCUUAGCCUGCUCGCCCAGCGUGGCCCCCCAAACCCGCGUACGCCCCCCUCCCCGGGUCCGAGGGCGACUUGCGAAGCACCUCGGAGCGGAGGCAGGGAACCUGAGGCUUGGAGCGACCAUCGUCUCGCUACCCGCCCGCGCCUGGAACGGUUGGCGGAGAUCCCCGCGAACUCAGAGACCCAAAGGCAAAGGACAGAAUCGGCAGGCGGAGGACGUGGCCGUGAAGCGGCGCACCGGGUCCAGCGCACCAGCGGCGGAACAGGGGAGCCGCGCCUUCCCCCAGCCAUCGGUUUCAACCUCUGGUGCCCGCCGCCUCCUCAGCCCCGCUGAGCGCUCCGCUCGGGCACCAGCACCCGGUGAUGCCGAGCGGAGUCUCCAGUCCUCUGACCCGGUGAAGAAGCAGAAGCCUCCUGCUCCGGGCCGACGGGGACUGUGCAAGCGGAUCUUGCUUGGCUGAGGCUUGGGCUGCGGAGCGCCGGGACUCCAGGGGGAGGGGGGAGGGACCGCACUGUCCGUGCCCCCGCGCCAGCCGCGGCUUUGACGGGUCUUCCUGUCCGGCCCCUUAGCAGCUCCUCCACGGGCUCCGGGAGACUUCGGGAAGAGUCGGGGGCUCCCCACCCAACCCGAUCGGACUUAAAAAGGUGAUCGCUCUGCUCUCCCUCCCUCCUUCCCGCCUCCUACCCCCCACUUAACUUUUUGUCUCUACGAGCCCGCAGCUCCGUCCUCUCCCCGCAAACCCACCCGCGGCCCUGCCAUCCACCCGGGGCAUGGGCCCCCCAACACGGCUCCUGGAGGCCCCGCGGCGCCGCAAGAUGUGAGAGGCCCCGCGUCGGGCAGAGCGAGAGCUUCGGGAGAGGAGCCGAUAGCCCCCAGCCUUUGCAAGCCAGGCGAGGUGGCGGUGCGCGCUGCGCCCCCGCGGUGCUGAGCGUCCCGGAGCGCCCUACCUCGGGCCGGAACGAGUAGCUGGCCGGAGGCGCGCCGCGGAGAGCAGGCUGUCAUGCCCUAUUGAUCCCCCUGCCCCCCGCCAAGUAUGUUUGGGCUGGACCAAUUCGAGCCCCAGAUCAACAGCAGGAACGCUGGCCAGGGCGAGAGGAACUUUAACGAGGCCGGACUAAGCAUGAACGCCCACUUUAAGGCUCCGGCUUUCCACGCGGGGGGACCCCCUGGCCCCGUGGACACUGCCAUGAGUGGGCUGGGAGAACCCCCCAUCUUGGGCAUGAACAUGGAGCCUUAUGGCUUCCACGCGCGUGGCCACUCGGAGUUGCACGCGGGGGGGCUGCAGGCUCAGCCGGUGCACGGAUUCUUUGGAGGCCAACAGCCGCACCACGGCCACCCGGGAGGCCACCACCCCCACCAGCAUCACCCCCACUUCGGGGGCAACUUUGGUGGGCCAGAUCCUGGGGCCUCGUGCCUGCAUGGGGGUCGUCUGCUCGGCUACGGCAGCGCGGCCGGCGGCCUGGGCAGCCAGCCGCCCUUUGCCGAGGGUUAUGAUCACUUGGCGGAGAGCCAGGGGCCGGAGAGCUUCGGCCCGCAGCGACCUGGAAACCUCCCGGACUUCCACACUUCGGGCGCCUCGGGCCACGCCGUGCCUGCCCCAUGCUUGCCGCUGGACCAGAGCCCUAACAGAGCCGCUUCCUUCCACGGCCUGCCGGCCUCCAGCGGCUCUGAUUCCCACAGUCUAGAGCCCCGGAGGGUGGCGAACCAAGGAGCCGCCGUCGACUCGCUGGAAUACAAUUACCCGGGCGAAGCGCCCUCGGGACAUUUCGACAUGUUUUCCCCCUCUGAUUCCGAGGGGCAGCUGCCUCAUUAUGCAGCAGGUCGUCAGGUUCCCGGUGGCUCUUUCCCAGGUGCCUCGGCCAUGCCCAGAGCUGCAGGCUUGGUGGGCUUGUCCAAAAUGCAUGCCCAGCCGCAACAGCAGCAACAGCAGCAGCACGGCGUGUUCUUUGAGAGGUUCGGCGGGACACGCAAGAUGCCGGUGGGUCUGGAACCUGGAGUAAGCUCCAGGCACCCGUUAAUGCAACCUACCCAGCAGGCCCCACCGCCCCCUCAGCAGCAGCCCCCGCAGCAGCCGCCGCCGCCGCCGCCACAGCAGCAACAGCAACAGCAGCCGCCGCCGCCGCCUGGGCUUCUGGUCCGACAAAAUUCGUGUCCGCCUGCUCUCCCCCGUCCCCAGCAGGGUGAGGCAGGCACGCCUAGCGGCGGCCUGCAAGACGGAGGCCCCAUGCUGCCCAGCCAACACGCACAGUUCGAGUACCCUAUCCACAGGCUGGAGAACCGGAGCAUGCACCCUUAUUCCGAGCCUGUAUUCAACAUGCAGCACCCUCCUCCGCAGCAGGCGCCCAACCAGCGGCUGCAGCAUUUCGACGCACCCCCCUACAUGAAUGUGGCCAAAAGGCCGCGCUUUGACUUCCCGGGCAGCGGGGGAGUGGACCGCUGUGCUUCGUGGAACGGCAGCAUGCACAACGGCGCUCUGGACAACCACCUCUCGCCCUCUGCCUAUUCAGGCCUACCCGGCGAGUUCACGCCGCCUGUGCCCGACAGCUUCCCCUCGGGGCCACCCCUGCAGCAUCCCGCCCCGGACCACCAGUCUCUGCAGCAGCAGCAGCACCAGCAGCAGCAGCAGCAACAGCAGCAACAGCAGCAGCAACGCCAAAACGCGGCCCUCAUGAUCAAGCAGAUGGCGUCGCGGAAUCAGCAGCAGCGGCUGCGCCAGCCAAACCUGGCCCAGCUAGGCCACCCCGGGGACGUGGGCCAGGGCGGCCUGGUGCACAGCGGCCCGGUGGGCGCGUUGGCUCAGACGAACUUUGAGCGCGAAAGCAGCGGCGCGGGCGCCGGGCGCCUGAGCACAUUCGAACAGCAGGCUCAGCACUUGGCGCAGGAGAGUGCGUGGUUCCCAGGUCCGCACCCGCCGCCGGGUGACCUGCUGCCCCGCAGGAUGGGAGGUUCAGGCCUGCCCGCUGACUGCGGUCCGCACGACUCCGGACUGGCGCCGCCCCCUCCGCCGGGUGGCUCGGGGGUGCUGUUCCGGGGCUCUCUGCAGGAGCCGCUGAGGAUGCCAGGAGAGGGCCACGUGCCCGCUCUGCCCUCGCCUGGCCUGCAGUUUGGGGGCAGCCUGGCAAGCCUAGGCCAACUGCAGUCGCCCGGGGCUGGGGUGGGGCUGCCCAGCGCUCCCUCCGAGCGCCGGCCCCCGCCGCCAGAUUUCACCGCGCCCGCGCUCGGGGGCCAGCCUGGCUUCCCAUUCGGCGCAGCGAACCGGCAGGCCACGCCGCACAGCGGCCCAGGCGUGAACUCGCCCCCGAGCGCGGGCGGGGGCGGCGGCAGCACGGGCGGUGGCGGCGGCGGGGGCGCAUACCCAGCGCAGCCUGAUUUCCAGCCCAGCCAGCGCACCUCGGCCAGUAAGCUGGGCGCGCUCUCGCUGGGAUCCUUCAAUAAGCCCAGCUCCAAGGACAACCUGUUCGGCCAGAGCUGCCUGGCUGCACUCUCCACAGCCUGCCAGAACAUGAUCGCCAGCCUCGGGGCCCCCAACCUCAACGUGACCUUCAACAAGAAGAACCCGCCCGAGGGCAAGAGGAAACUGAGCCAGAACGAAACCGACGGCGCAGCCGUGGCCAGCAACCCGGGCUCGGAUUACUUCCCAGGAGGGACUGCUCCUGGGGCCCCAGGGCCGGGAGGCCCGUCGGGGACCAGUAGCAGCGGCUCCAAAGCCUCGGGGCCGCCCAAUCCGUCCGCCCAGGGGGACGGCACCAGCCUCUCCCCUAACUAUACCCUGGAAUCAACGUCGGGGAACGAUGGCAAGCCGGUCCCCGGGGGCGGUGGCCGGGGACGGGGUCGCAGAAAAAGGGACAGUGGUCACGUGAGCCCUGGGACCUUCUUCGACAAGUACGCAGCGGCGCCAGACAGCGGAGGCGCAUCCGGGGUGAGCCCAGGGCAACAGCCGGCGCCUGGCGCGCCUGUCGGGGGAAGCUCCACGGGCGAGACUCGCGGGGCGCCUACACCUCACGAGAAAGCGCUCACGUCGCCGUCGUGGGGGAAGGGAGCCGAGUUGCUCCUGGGGGACCAGCCGGACCUCAUGGCAUCCCUGGACGGUGGGGCCAAGUCGGAUGGUAGUUCCCCGCACGUGGGCGAGUUCGCCUCGGAUGAGGUGAGCACGAGCUACGCCAACGAGGACGAGGUGUCAUCCAGCUCCGACAACCCCCCAGCCUUGGCCAAAGCGAGUAGGAGCCCUCUGGUGACAGGCUCGCCCAAAAUCCCUCCCCGUGGGGUGGGCGCCGGGGAACAUGGACCGAAGGCACCUCCACCCCCGCUUGGCCUGGGCAUCUUGUCUACCUCUACCUCGACCCCUGACAGCUACGGCAGCGGGGGACCGGCCCAUCCUGGCACACCGGGCCUGGAACAGGUCCGGACCCCCACGAGCAGCAGCGGUGCACCCCCACCGGAUGAGAUCCACCCUCUGGAGAUCCUCCAGGCACAGAUCCAGCUGCAGAGGCAGCAGUUCAGCAUCUCUGAGGACCAGCCUCUGGGGCUUAAGGGUGGCAAGAAGGGUGAGUGUGCCGUGGGGACCUCCAGUGCGCAGAAUGGUGACAGCGAGCUGGGCAGCUGCUGCUCUGAGGCGGUCAAGAGCGCCAUGAGCACCAUCGAUCUGGACUCGCUGAUGGCAGAGCACAGCGCCACCUGGUACAUGCCAGCUGACAAGUCUUUGGUGGACGGCGCGGAGGACGACAAGACGCUGGCGCCCUGGGAGAAGGCCAAACCCCAGAACCCCAACAGCAAAGAAGCCCACGACCUCCCCGCGAACAAGGCCUCGGCAACCCAGCCCGGCAGCCACUUGCAGUGCCUGUCUGUCCACUGCACAGACGACGUGGGGGAUGCCAAGGCCCGUGCCUCCGUGCCCACCUGGCGGUCCCUGCACUCCGACAUUUCCAACAGAUUUGGGACUUUCGUGGCCGCCCUGACUUGAACUAACAAGAAACACCCCCUCCCCACCAGGCCCUUCCCUCCCCUGCCUCUUCUUUCCCCCUCCACCUGAUCCUACCCCACCUCUCCUGUUAAUCCGAAAAGGCCACUAUUGCUGAGUGGAUGAUUUUUUUUCUAGGUUGGUACCUGCUUAGUGGCAUAUGGACCGGAAAGGGUUAAUUUAAAGGGAAAAGAAAAAAAAAACCUCAAAAAUUUUUUUUAAAAAUGAAACUCAUCAGCCACGGUAUGUUACCAGUGUUAACCCUUCUGCAGUUAGCAAACUUUUGCUGAAGCCUUUUUCCUGCUAGGUGAUUCCCAUUUUUUUUUUUCUGUAAUCUUGGCAUACGUUUUUUAGAUGACCUCUUUCCUUGUUUUAUUUUUGUGCUGCUGUAUGUCCAAGUAUUGUUAUUUCAUAAUAAGACAAGAGUUCCUUUCCUUUUUUAUUCCCUUUUAGUCUUGGUCCCCACCUUCCUCCCCACCGCCUGUUUUGUUUUUUUUUGUUUUUUUUUUUUGCUUUUUGCUUUGUUCACUGCUUAUUAAAAUGGAAAUCCUGGAGAAUAGUAGUUCUGAAAUAUUGCCGGGUGAGAGUCAAAUUGUCAUCACAAUAUUAUAUAUUGACACCCAACUGUCAUCAGUCAGGCAGGAGCCAAACAAUUAAUGCCCCCCUUAGGUACUCCGCCUGGGAUUUUGUUUUGUCUGUUCCCUGAGAAAAUAGAGAUAUAUAUUUUCGUUCCUGCAAACACACGCUCAGCCCUCAGCUCUGUUCUGCUGGAAGCUGCCUCUCACUGCAGUGGAGGUGAUGACGUGUCCAGCUCGCUCUGUGGGAAGGAGGCGGAAGGUUCGACAGUGGUAUUUUCUCUCCUUUUCUGGGCCUCUCUGCACAAACGCCCAGGCUCUGAGUUUUCACGCUGUGCCGCGCAGCCUGGGUCCGUGUGGGGAGGGUGCUUGUCUAGAUUGCAGAGUCCCUGGGGACCUGCAGGCUCCCAGCCGGCUGGGUCUCCCAGGUGCUGGAGUGGAAGCAUCAAUCCGACAUCUGUUCUCAGCAGGCAUCGGGGGAAGGAGUGGGGCUGGGUUACCUCCCUGACUUCUGUUCUGCCUCCCCUCCCCAUUUACUUUGCUGCCUCCCAUCUGGGCAGCCCUCCAUCCUUAGGAGGGACCAGGGUUUCCUUAGUGCUUUUUUGAGGUGCUCGGUGAAUGAAGACGCACCCAGGCUCUGCCUGCCAAGCCCCCCUUCUCUGAGCCUGGGGGUAUUCUUUGCAGGGGUUUGCAGACUCCUGAGAGCUAGAGGAGGGAAAAAGGGAUUGGAUCUAGUGAAUUGGAUUCUUGAGCCUUCUUUUUGAAACCCCAUAAUCUGCCCCCCUUUGAUUUAAUCUCACCCUGUUCCAAAACCAGAGCCGUGUCCAAGCGACUCACGAAGGCAUAACUUCUCCUCUGAGUAGAGGUGAGGGAGUGGCGGGAGCAGCAGAGCAGCAGAGAGCAGGGCUCCUGGACUCAGCUAGGGGCUGUUACUUGGCCCGCCCAAGGUGAUGGUCAGCGGAGGCCCAGCGCUGGCAGGGGUGGACAUCUUUGGGUGCCACUGAUGACUACAAAGGGCUUGUAUGACUCAUGGCAAGGGGCACUCAGAUCUGCGGGGUGGGACCGGACAAGAAGCGACUGAUAGCACUUCACCAAAAUCGGUAACGCUUCUAUUUUCUUUCAGUCUCUGUUAAGGAACAUCUUAACUAAAUGCUCCAUUUUGAGCCUUGCGCCCCCUCCAUCCUCUCCCCGCCCCAUGUCCCCAGAGUUUGCAGACCCGGCUUUUUUUAGCAAGUGACCUGAAGGCUUUGGGCUUACCAUACAACACCCACAUUGUUUAUUUCAAAGAACUUUUCAGCAAAGGGAGAAGAGCGUCCAGAAAAGUCUUGCUCUUUCUGUUCCCCGCCCCGCCUCGUCUUUCCUUCGGCCAGCCCUUUUGGCUCGGGUCUGAGCCUGGAUGGUCCAAGGUUCUGGCCCAGGGAAGUCUGACCAGGGGGUGAUCCUGGUCCCCACAGAGGGCAGGCUGAAGCAGGUGGUAUGCACUGACCAGCGGGAAGAAGGUGGGAGCUGACUCAGCCCCAUGUUCUACCACCAAAGGAGAGAAAAGGGGAGGGACUGUCCCGCCUGCCAUGCGCUGCAGGAGAGCCAGCCGGAGUCUGUGCUCACCUCCACGACCCCUCUGAUUCCACAAUGUACAGCUGUUUUGAAAGCGUCAUCCUUCUCUUUCUUAAACAGGAAUGAUUUCUCCUUAAUUGCUUAAGGCUGGGGAGCACAGCAUCUUCUUUGACUUUCCCUGUGUUGGGUCCAUCAGCUCAUGGUCCGAGCAACCUUGGACACCCCUGAAGUUUAAAAUGUUCUCGCUCCCCACGACCCCAGAAUGGAACAGCUUUAAAAAUAGCCUUAAGCAAAGGGAUGUUAUUUCAUUACAUUUGGUUUAAUGGGAAGAAUAAAAGCAAAUUAAAAACACACGCAACCCACGAGACUCCAAACACUGGUAAUCGGUACUUCAUAACAAACUCUUCGGGAAAGACUAUGAAAAACGUUAUUGCACAUGUAAAAUAUGAAAACUUAACUCUGCUGUGUGUUAGGCAAUCCUGUAAUCUUUUUUGACUCUUAAAAGAAAUUCAUUUCUGAAAUGCUUGGUUGGAAGACUGUGACAAUAGCUCAUGAAAUUGAGUGUUAUUUUUUCUUUCUUUUUUAAAAAAAUAUGUAAAGUGCAGUCUUCUGUAUUCAUGCAUAUUGUAUAUACCUGUAUAUGUUUUCCUGAGCAGCUAAAUAACAAUAAAUAUGACGUUAAUGGUGA